UGCUGAAUACACUAGUCACAGACAAAUAGGAUGGGGAUUUAGGUUUGUUGGGUCAUCAAACACCAUUCAUUCACCCAACUUCUACAACAUAUAUAAAUAAAUGAAUCAGUUAGAUUGGUAAGUGUUCAGGUUAAGAGCUGCAGAUAUGUUUGAAAGUCAUAAUUCCUGCUCUCAGAGCACUGACCGAAUGGAUCAUCUUUUGAGGGAGGGAGGGGGUUGUUCAUUUCGCACAGGAACGUUUAUUCUGACCUUGACUUUUCCUCGGAGCGUUGCGGCCGCGGUUCGCGGCUUUCCGGGGAGUGCUGAGUGCGUUGCUCCCUUCCGGCGGGAGCGGAGUGAGAGACCGGGGCCACCCCGGGGACGGUGACACCAGGACCGAGCGAGGAGCAGCUUGAGUCCCAGGCAUCAGGGCCCAGCAUGAAGCUGCUGAAACCCGCUUGGGUCCAUCACAAUGGUAAGCCAAUAUUUUCUGUGGACAUUCAUCCUGAUGGAACCAAGUUUGCAACAGGUGGACAAGGAGAGGAUUCAGGGAAGGUUGUGAUAUGGAACAUGCCACCAGUUGUUCGAGAGGAAGAUGAAAAGAAUGAGGCUAUUCCCAAAAUGCUCUGCCAAAUGGAUAACCACUUGGCCUGUGUCAAUUGUGUGCGCUGGUCUAAUAAUGGAUUGUAUCUGGCAUCGGGUGGAGAUGACAAAUUGAUCAUGCUGUGGAAGAGAGCUGCGUAUAUUGGGCCAAGCAAUGUCUUUGGUUCCAGCAGCAAACUAGCUAACGUGGAACAGUGGAGAUGUGUAUCUAUCCUCCGAAGUCAUACAGGAGAUGUGAUGGACCUUGCUUGGUCGCCGCAUGAUGCUUGGCUCUCCUCCUGCAGUAUAGACAACACUGUUGUUAUUUGGAAUGCUCUGAAGUUCCCAGAAAUCAUUGCAACGUUACGGGGUCACUCUGGCCUGGUGAAGGGCCUCACCUGGGAUCCUGUUGGGAAAUAUAUUGCAUCCCAAGCAGAUGACCGGAGUUUAAAAGUAUGGAGGACCAUGGACUGGCAGUUGGAGACGAACAUCACGAAACCGUUCGAUGAAUGUGCAGGCACAACACACGUCCUGCGCUUAAGUUGGUCCCCAGAUGGCCAUUACCUCGUAUCUGCCCAUGCAAUGAACAACUCUGGCCCCACUGCACAGAUUAUUGAGCGAGAUGGCUGGAAAACAAACAUGGACUUUGUUGGCCACCGGAAGGCAGUGACUGUAGUGAAAUUUAAUCCCAAAAUUUUCAAGAAAAAGCCACGCAAUGGGAGCUCCAAUAAGCCAAGUUGUCCUUAUUGUUGUUGUGCAGUUGGGAGCAAGGACCGGUCUCUCUCUGUUUGGCUGACCUGCUUGAAGCGCCCACUAGUGGUAAUUCAUGAAUUAUUCGAUAAGUCAAUCAUGGAUAUCUCCUGGACUUUGACAGGGUUGGGAUUGCUAGUGUGCUCCAUGGAUGGGACGGUGGCGUUCCUGGAUUUCUCACAGGAAGAGUUGGGCGAUCCACUAACUGAGGAGGAGAAGAACAUGAUUCAUCAGAAGACCUACGGCAAAAGCCUAGCAAUUACAACUGAGCAGCAACUAUCCACCACCAUUAUUGAAAAUCCAGAGAUGCUGAAGUACCAACAGCAACAGAAAGAAUUGCAGGAGCAGAAGAAUGCUGUAGGUUCCAGGGAGCUGAUGCCCCCCAAAGUGGCAAAUAUGCUGAACGGAGAGAGCCUUGAGGAUAUUCGAAAGAAUUUAUUAAAGAAGCAGAUCGAAACUAGGACAGCUGACGGUCGGAGAAGAAUCACGCCGUUUUGCAUUGCUCAGUUAGACACUGGGGAUUUUUCGACUGCUUUUUUUAACAGUGUGCCCAUCACGGGGGCACUUCCAAGUUCGGUGCUGUCUUCACAUAUCAACCAGCCACAGCCCUCUUCAGACUCUAAUGCUGCCAAGUCUGUCUCCAGCAAACUAACUCAGGACCCUGCACCAGCCACUGCAAAAUCAGCUGAGGACAUCCCCAAUAAAGACGGGCCUGCAAUUACGAGUACGUCCACUGCCAUACCUACAAGCACACAACUACUGACCUCACCUUCACGGAUUGAACCAAUGAAAGCUCUAGAUUCAAGGUUCACUGAAAGAUCCAAAGCAACUCCGGGAACAGCUCCCAUCUCUUCUGCCGCUAGACAGAGUGACUUGGAAAGGAAUAAAGAGCAAGUACUCUCCAAAGACUUGAAGCUUAGAGAGGUUCAGGAGAGCAGCAGUGACAGUGAAGAGAAGAUUCCAGCUUCCAAAAUCUCAUCGCUGUCUAAACGUAAGAACGACACUGAGGGAGAAGUUGUGGAAAAGAAAAAGAAAGGCCGACCAAGGAAAGAAACAAAGCACACGCCAGUAACCACAGCAUCUCAGGCUAUCCCGUCAAUAGAAAAGGAGGUGUCUCGUGUCUCAGCUCCCCUCGUUGUAUUUAAACUCCCAACACCGGCACCAAAGAAAGCCUUUAACAUACAGGUAAGCACUGAACCAGCUAUGUACAUAGAGGUGGAAAAUGAAGUUCCAACAGUAACGGGGUGGAAAUUAAGCCGGUUAAAGUGCAUGAGAGAAGGGAAGCAGUGGGACACACUACUAACCAGUCGAAUCCUCACUGCUGCAGGAAGCUGUGACCUUGUCAGUGUGGCUUGUGAGGAGCGGACAGUCUCUGUGUUUUCAGCAAGUGGGCGACGGCUGCUCCCUGCUAUCCUUCUACAGUCGCCCAUUUCUACACUGCAUUGUGCAAGCCACUUUGUGAUGGCUCUGUUGGCUACUGCUACACUUUCUGUCUGGGAUGCAAAGAAGCAGAGUGUAUUGGUGAAAGAUGAGUCUCUAAUCACUAUAUUAUCAGGUAACGAUACCACUAUAACACAAUCGCUGCUUACUCACCAUGGUGUCCCAGUGGUCACCCUAUCCAAUGGCAAGUCAUACUGCUUUAACACUUCCCUAUGCACAUGGAAUUUGAUCUCGGACAAACAGGACUCACUGGUUCAGUGUGCAGAUUACCGCAGCUGUUUAACUUCUCAGGAGGCCAUGUUGUGCUCAGGUCCAUUGGCCACAGUACAAGGCUGCGGGAUAAAUGCUGGACGCCAGGCUGCCAGACUCUCCUCGAUGCCUCAUGUCUUACAGCGAGGGACGACGCUGGCUUAUCUGGAAAAUCAGGUGGCAGCUGCAAUGACACUAAAAUCUAGCCAGGAAUACCGUCACUGGCUUCUCAUCUACACCCGCUAUUUAGUAAAUGAAGGAUAUGAGCCUCGCUUAAGGGAGCUGUGCAAAGAUUUGCUGGGCCCUGUUCACAGCUCUUCCAGUAGCCAGUGGGAGUCAACUGUCUUGGGACUGCGGAAAAGAGAGCUGCUAAAGGAGAUGCUUCCUGUGAUUGGACAGAACCUCCGAUUCCAGAGACUCUUCACAGAGUAUCAGGACCAGCUGGACCUUCUGAAAGACAAGUAGCGCUACCCUGUAGUUGUUUUUGUUUGAGGAUCUGACUGUGCUAGUUCUCGGGGAGACUUGCUGUGGUCAGCUGGUGACCCGUUUGGGAGAGAUGGACUUGAGGAUUUGGGGUUCGGCCUGGGAGAGGCGUCUGCGUUUAGUUCCACCAAGUUGGCUUACUCCAGGUUGUGACAUUCUCAUGGAAACGGCGUUGCUGGUCUGAAUGCAUCACUUCACAACUAGCGGCUGUGCAGUCCACGCACACACACAGUUGACUUGCAGUGGUACUGCAGGACGUGGGUGACCAGGGGGCUAGUGCUCCACCCAGUGUUUGGUUGGAGUUGACCAAGAUUGAUGACUCUGCCCAACUUGUAAUGUACACUGGCCCCCUUACUUACCAGAUAGUGACUUCGCACCCUGUGCCCACAAUAAGCUACCAAGUCCAAUGCUGUAUGACACUCAGCCGUUUACUGGUUGUUCCUUUCCACGGAAAAGAAAGGGCAACACCGAUGUGAAAGCCAUCAGGCUUCGAGUCUUCUCAGUUAGAGGAUGAGCCGCUGAGUUCAGACUUUUAACAGUGUAGUUUUCAUUUUGCCUGAUGUACUAAGUUACACAUCUGUUUACUGUCUGUCAUUGUUAAAAGUAUGAAUGCGAGAAAGAGAAAUUCUAAUGAGUGACCAUGAACAUGGCAAAGUUGUACAGAAACCUAAUCCGCCCUUUGGUACCUUUUAACUUUAUACAGGCAAAUUUUUUGUUCAUUUUUAUAAAAUAAAGAUAGAAUAUUGUA